AUGGAUUUUCUGAAUUUCUUGCUUAAUUUGUUUGUCCCUCCAGCAAGUUUAAUCAUGUUAGCUUUCUCAUGGCCAUCACUUUGUUUCCUUAAUGCUUGUGAGUGGCUAUAUAAUCAUAUAUAUGGUGAGGAUAUGGAUAGUAAAGUUGUCAUCAUCACUGGAGCAUCUUCUGCCAUUGGAGAGCAAAUUGCAUAUGAGUAUGCAAUAAGGAGAGCAAAUUUAAUGUUGGUGGCACGCAGAGAGCAUAGGCUAAAGGGAAUUGCUGAGAAUGCAAGGCGACUGGGUGCAAGACAUGUCAUCAUUAUGGCAGCAGAUGUUGUUAAGGAAGAUGAUUGUAGAAGAUUUGUUAAUGAAACCAUUCAUGUAUUCGGUCGUGUAGAUCACCUUGUAAAUACAGUAAGUUUGGGACACACAUUCUACUUUGAAGAAGUUACAGACACCUCAGUUUUCCCAGUUCUCUUGGAUAUUAAUUUUUGGGGAAAUGUUUAUCCAACGUUAGUGGCUCUUCCUUACCUUCACCAAAGCAAUGGUCGCGUUAUUAUCAACGCGUCUGUUGAAAGUUGGUUACCUUUGCCAAGGAUGAGUUUGUUUGGUGCUGCAAAGGCAGCACUAAUAAACUUCUAUGAGACGCUGCGAUUUGAAUUGAGAGAUGAGGUGGGAGUAACCAUAGCAACACAUGGUUGGAUUGGAAGCGAAAUGACGAGAGGCAAGUUCAUGCUAGAGGAAGGUGCUGAUAUGCAAUGGAAGGAAGAAAGAGAAAUGCAUGUGAGUGGUGAAGCAGUAGAGGAGUUUGCAAGAUUAAUUGUAAGUGGGGCAUGUAAAGGAGAUGCAUAUGUGAAGUUUCCAAGUUGGUAUGAUGUAUUCUUGCUAUAUAGGGUUUUUGCUCCAAAUGUUCUCAAUUGGGCAUUUAGGCUUCUUAUUUCCCCACAAGGGACAAGAAGAAUUUCUUCUUAUAUAGGGACAGGAAGAUCCCUAGAUAAUGUCACUGGAGGUAUUGGUUCUCCUAGUCACACAGGCAUGGUUCCCCUUACAUUCUCUGGCCCAUUGAGUCAUCAAAUGCAACAAAAGAUGGAUUGAAUUGAAUGAAGACAUCUUCAUUUGUGUUAGAUGCUUAUGCUUAUGUUUUACUUGUGUAUUAAGUAAUGUUUCAUUCUUGCUAGAAUCAUGUUUUGUGGACCUAUAAUGUCAUGUAAUCAGUUUUCAGAGUUGUGUUAAAAUUGAGAGUAAACUUGUGCUGAUUACCGAAAAUCUCUUUUUGUAUGAACCAAAUCCUCUGCCUGAGAAUGGAUGAAUA